CAAGCUGAGCUCCAGGCCAAAGUGGAACAAGUGGCUGAGGGAUUGUUCGUGUGUGAUCUCGAAAGAAGGCGACGGGAGUGCAAAAUGGGAGGCCGAGGACGCGCCCACGUAGGAAUGAGACCGCAGGAGGUUUCUAGUUUCAAAUUGAGGAAGGGGCGCCCCCCUUGUUUGAAAAUAAAUAAGUGCGGGCUACGAGGGUGGCGCCGCAUCGCUUUCUUCGGCCGAAGGCGACACCUCGCGGAGACGGAGCAGAAAGCGGAGUCUCACCGCUGGGCCCCGAAGUGGGGCCACCCCCGCGAGAUAGUUAGCGAAUCCUCGGUACCGCGGGAGGGAUUGUGA